CUACACCCCACACAUUAAUGAAUCAACAGAAUCCCCAUUGCAUAAGCAAACUUUCCCUUUUUCUAAGUGUACAUUCAGCAUUUUGCCCAUCUGUCACAACACACACAGCUUUCUCUUCUUUCCCAUUUUGCUUUGGUCUCAAAAACUUCCCUCCUUUUUCACUUGAAAUUUUCCACAAGGAACUUCUUUGGAAUAUUCUUCUGAUCUCAUUUCUCCACCAUCAUCUCAUAUGUAUGCAUAUUAAUGCAAAAUGUAAGCCUUAUUGUACUGAUGUGAAAAAUAUUCCUUUAUUGUAUAUGUGGAUCACUGCCUCUUUAGGGCCAAAGAUGGAGAAUUAUGAAGUGGUUGAGCAAAUAGGCAGGUGUGCUUUCGGAGCUGCACUUCUUGUUCAUCACAAGUUUGAGAAAAAGAAGUAUGUGCUGAAGAAAAUUCGUCUAGCGAAACAGAAUGAGAAGUUCAAGAUCACAGCAUACCAGGAGAUGAAUUUAAUAGCCAAGUUAAAUAACCCUUACAUCGUGCAAUACAAGGACGGUUGGGUGGAAAAGGGAUUAUCUGUUUGCAUUGUAACAAGUUUCUGUGAGGGAGGCGACAUGGCUGAGAUGAUAAGGAGAGCAAGAGGAAUGUUCUUCUCAGAAGAAAGGCUUUGCAAAUGGCUGACUCAAUUGUUGUUAGCCCUCAACUAUCUUCAUUCCAGCCAUGUUCUCCACAGGGAUCUCAAAUGCUCCAACAUUUUCCUAACCAAGGAUGAUGGAAUCCGACUAGGUGAUUUUGGCCUGGCAAAGUUGUUUAACCAGGAUGAUCUUGCGUCUUCGGUGACAAUAUAUAUUCUGAUAUUCUUUUCUGUUUUGAACAUGUUUCAAACUUGAACUUGUGUUUAUUCUGACUCUUCAACUCUUCAAGAUAGUGGGAACUCCAAAUUACAUGUGUCCGGAGCUCCUAGCCGAUAUACCAUAUGGCUACAAGGUGUUGUAUGUUUGAGAUAGCAGCUCGUCAGCCUGCAUUUCGAGCUCAUGAUAUGGCUGGACUAGUUAACAAGAUUAAACGAUCCACCGUUUCUCCACUUCCUACUAUAUAUUCAUCAACAUUGAAGUGUUUGAUCAAAUGCAUGUUAAGAAAGAGUCCACAACACAGACCCACGGUUAGUCCCCAGGCUUUCAGGUCGAAGGCUACUAGGCUAGACUAUGGGAUGGAAAUAGGCCAUGCUCUAAACAGGCUUGAUCAUCACCGAAAUUGUCAUGCCUGAUUAAAGCUUUGUUUUUUGGUCUGGCCUAAUCUGUAAAAAAGUGGUUCGGGCUAGCCUGAAACCUGUUUAAAAUGUCUGUUGAGGGAAAAUGGUAACACCACUUAUGUGGUAAAUGUUUAGGCUGCAGAGCUCCUAAGGCAUCCACAUUUGCAGCCCUACCUGUGGCAAUGCCGUGAUCUGCCUCCUGUAUUUCUUCCACUACUGCCUGCUGAAGACUUGGAGGCAAAACCCGUCGUGACAACAAGACGGCGUCUCAAGCAUGCAUCAAUGAAUACCCACAAAGUGGCAACGGAAAGACAAGAAAAACCCGUUGCAGAGAGAGUUCAUGUGGCAGCUAAACAAGUUGCAGAGGUGAAAGCGACUGCAGACAGUAAUUGUUUCCCAAAUCUUGAAAGUAGGAAGGUAGAACAGAGUGGUUCUACCGACCAAAUCUCCAAAAAGGAUGAAUGUUCAAGAUUAAUAAGUAAAGCGGCAGAAAAGAUUUCCAGGCAACCACAAAGCCAGCCUACCCAAGAAGGAGGCAGGUCAGAAGAAUUGAAGAAAACAGAGAAUUAAGACCGUCACAAGAGGACGGAAAGCGGCAUUUCAAUAACGGGCAGCCCGAAUUAUCCCAAGGGAAACAACCUAACAAGAAUAAAAUGGAGCGAGUUGGGUAAUGAAAGAGCAGAAGCCCUGGAAUCACUUCUAGAACUUUGUGCAGACCUUCUCAAGCAUGAAAAGCUGGAAGAGCUUGCAGGCGUUUUAAAACCAUUUGAGGAAGAUGCUGUUUCGUCAAGAGAAACAGCCAUCUGGUUGACAAAGGGUCUGAUGAAUCUUCAGAAUGAAGGUCACCGGGAAUCUUAAAUGCUUUUGUAGGUUUUGCUUCAACCCUGAGAACAAUAGAUCAUUGCUUGUAGCAUGUAUGUAUUGGUAUUACUCCGUAAUAACUAGAGAAAAAUACACACGACUAAAACAAGGCACAUUUU